AUGUCCCCUUCAGCUAGCAGUGGUGUUGGUAUCGCCCAUCUCCCCAAUCAACGUCAUAAGAUUGUAUCCAAGCGUGGUGCCAACUUUACCUUGAUGGUGUGUGGUGAAUCUGGCGUUGGUAAAACUACCUUUGUCAAUACCUUAUUUACUACUGGUAUUAAGGCUGACAAGAACUUGAACAAGCGUCACGCCAAACAAAUUGAAAAGACUGUCGAGAUUGAGAUCACUAAAGCAGAGCUCGAGGAAAAGAACUUCAAGGUCAAAUUAACCAUCAUCGAUACUCCUGGUUUUGGUGAUUAUGUCAACAACCACAAUAGCUGGAUGCCCAUCUAUGAAUUCCUCGACGAUCAACAUGAAAGUUUCAUGGCUCAAGAGCAACAACCCACUCGUAAGGGCGCUAUCGAUCUUAGAGUACAUGCCUGUCUCUACUUUAUCAGACCCUCUGGUCAUUCAUUAAAGCCUCUCGACAUUGAGGUCAUGAAACAUCUCGGCUCCAGAGUCAAUUUAAUUCCUGUCAUUGCCAAGGCAGACACAUUAACUCCUCGUGAUUUAGCACAAUACAAGCUCAACAUCUUGAACUCCAUUGCUGCUAAUCACAUUCAAGUGUACUCUUGUCCUAUCGAGAGUGAAGACGAGGAAGUGACAGAGGUCAAUAAGAGCAUCAUGGCUUCCAUGCCUUUUGCCAUCAUUGGCUCUACUCAAGACGUUACUCUUCCUGACGGACGUACUGUCAAAGGCAGAGAAUACUCUUGGGGUGUCGCUGAGGUGGAGAACGAGGAGCACUGUGACUUUAAGAAGUUGCGAAAGCUCUUGGUCAGGUCGCACAUGCACGACUUGAUUUCAACAACAGAGGAGAAUCACUACGAAAACUAUCGUCAAUCACAAAUGGGUACUCGCAAGUUUGGCGAGCCCAAGUUUAAAAAGUACGAAAACCCUAAAUUCAAGGAAGAUGAGGAUCAACUUCGCUUGAACUUUACCAAGCAAGUCAAGGAUGAAGAGAACCGCUUCCGUCAAUGGGAAGCUCAGUUGGUUUCUGAACGUGAUCGUCUCAACAAGGAUUUGGAAGAACAACAUGCUCAAAUCAAGGCUAUGGAAGCUGAACUAGAGCACAUGUAUCAACUGCACGGCCGUGGUACUAUUAGAAGAUAA